CUUCCUUCCCUCCCUCCCUUCCUCCCCUUCCCUCAGUCGUGGCGUCCGCGGAGCCCCCGGCGGGCGGAGAGGCUCAAGUUACUAUUCUAGAAGUUCAUCUUCCCAGCAAGAAGGGACAGAAAGACCGCUUUGUAAGAAAGGCUCGGAUAUCCGUCCCAUGAACGAGACAGCGGAAGACCGAUUGGGGUGCAACAGGACCCAAGAGCCAGAUAUAAGGCUCAGAAAAGGUCACCAACUCGAUGGUACGAGGAGAGGCGAUAAUGACAACCACCAGGGAGAUUUGGAGCCCGUUUUAGAGCCAUCUGUUCUGUCUUCCCACCAUAAAACAAGCUCUGAGGAUCAUGCGAGCAAUGAGGAGGCUUCACAGGAAGAUGAGGGGUUCAUGGGCAUGUCCCCUCUCCUCCAAGCCCAUCAUGCCAUGGAAAGAAUGGAAGAGUUUGUGUGUAAGGUCUGGGAAGGUCGGUGGCGAGUAAUCCCGCAUGAUGUACUACCGGACUGGCUCAAGGAUAACGACUUCCUUUUACAUGGACACCGGCCCCCUAUGCCUUCUUUCCGGGCCUGUUUUAAGAGCAUUUUCAGAAUACACACUGAAACAGGAAACAUCUGGACACAUCUCUUAGGUUGUGUAUUCUUCCUGUGCCUGGGGAUCUUUUAUAUGUUUCGCCCAAACAUCUCCUUCGUAGCUCCUCUGCAAGAGAAGGUGGUCAUUGGAUUGUUCUUCUUGGGAGCCAUUCUAUGCCUUUCUUUCUCAUGGCUUUUCCAUACAGUCUACUGCCACUCAGAAGGGGUUUCCCGGCUCUUCUCGAAACUGGAUUACUCCGGCAUUGCUCUUCUGAUUAUGGGGAGUUUUGUUCCUUGGCUUUAUUAUUCUUUCUACUGUAAUCCACAACCCUGCUUCAUCUACUUGAUUGUCAUUUGCGUGCUGGGCAUUGCAGCCAUUAUUGUCUCCCAGUGGGACAUGUUUGCCACCCCUCAGUAUCGCGGAGUAAGAGCAGGAGUGUUUUUGGGCCUGGGCCUGAGUGGAAUCAUUCCGACCUUGCACUAUGUCAUCUCGGAGGGAUUCCUGAAGGCUGCUACCAUUGGACAGAUCGGCUGGUUGCUGUUGAUGGCUAGCCUGUACAUCACAGGGGCGGCCCUGUAUGCAGCCCGAAUCCCGGAACGCUUCUUUCCUGGCAAGUGUGACAUAUGGUUUCACUCCCAUCAGCUGUUUCACAUCUUUGUGGUUGCUGGCGCUUUCGUUCACUUCCACGGCGUCUCAAACCUCCAAGAAUUCCGCUUCAUGCUCGGCGGAGGCUGCAGUGAAGAGGAUGCCCUGUGAGACCAGCCAGGGACCGUGACCCUGAACCCGGCCCGCAAGCCUCGGGCUUUACCUUCCUGGGGAUUGAGGCCAGUGCCAGAGGAGCCCCUACACUCUCGAGGCCCUUGGGACUCCACCUCGUCCACGAAACACGACUGAGAAGCGAAGAACAAAAUAAAUCAUACCUCAAAGGCUGGCGUGCGUCAAUU